GCCACUGUGAAUAAUAGCAUCUGGUCGCCAGAAGAGCAAAGGAGGAGGAGGAAAAAAAAGGCGUCAUGUCUCAGCUGCAUACAGUGCAAGGUCACACUAAGCAGAAUAGGGACCUGCUACGGCGUCACCAUGCAUGAAGGCAAAUCACCUGCUCAUACCAUAGGCGCGUUUGAGCUGCAGGUGGCAGAGACCGCAUCUUUCAACCCAUUUCUCAUGCCCCUUCUCUUUGACUCCUCGCAUUUUGAAUCUAUAAAACCUCCGCGUUGUCGCCUCAGUGUUAUUUAUUUAGAGACUGUUCUCCUUCGCCCUCUAUUUACAUUUUUAGCCCGCUGCCUUAGUAACUCGUGAUCGCCUCAGAGCAGACAUCAUGGCGUGUAAUCCAGGCGUCGUGUAUAUGCUGGCUAGCCUGAUACUAUUUGCCAUUGCACUUCUUAUCCAUUUCCACAGCGUCCAUCUCUCCCUCCCAAUCGCGGAUGCCAUCACCAUCUUAACCACCAUUCUCCCCAUUGCAUCCUUUAUCAAUGCAUUUGUGUAUCCAAAUCUUCUAAGUGAGAUAUCAUCUCCGAACCGCCUACAGCGUAUGAGCCCUGUCAUUCUACAAGGCAUUCAGGCGAUCCUCACCGCAGUUCUGGCAACCUUGCUCGCAGAGGGCUUCGUACCCUCACCUGCCUUGGAAUGUGUUCUGGAGGACGUCUGGAUGGGCAUGUUUAAGAGUCGAAAUGGCCAAUCUAUUAUGUAUAUCCAAGAUACUCUUCAGUGUUGCGGCCUGAACACCGUCAAUGACCGAGCGUAUCCCUUUGGCAACCAAACUGUCAGUCGGUGCGCCGAGAUUUAUAAUCGAGCAACGCCGUGCAGAGGCCCAUGGGAAUCUGCAAUGCAGUUACAUUCUGCGAUCGACUUUGUCGUUGUCAUCUUGGUUGGCAUCAUGCAAAUUUUCGGGCUAUUAAUGAUGCAGCAAGGCACCAACUGGUGGACAACCAUGCGCAACGACCUCGAAGACACGAUACAACCGCUGCUGGCUGGUAGAGACGUUGAAUCUGGAGGAGAUACUGAAGAGCAGACUUAUGGCAGUGGUGAAGGUAGUUCCCUGAGAGUUAAUACACCACCAGUGGAAAGGAACUCAUGGUAGACAAGUCACAUAGACGUGGCAUCGGGGUGUAAAGUUUGUCAUUUGUUGUAAUUAUCAUGCUAUUUGCUGUUGGUAUAUUACUUCCGUCUCUUCUCAACGGCUUCCUUUCCAAGCUUCUCCAACGAUUGUUCAUACAUGUCCACCCUGGACGCCUCCAUUUCCUCAAUGCGUACUCUGGCAACAGGCUUAGCUCUGCGAACACCACUGCCUUUGGCAAUCUUGCCCCAGAACCAACCACUUUCACGGUCAUCUACCAAGGUCCAGGCGCAACCAGCGCGGCCGGCACGCGCAGUACGUCCUACACGAUGGACGUAACCGGCCAAACUGGCGGGGAGAUCGUAGUUGACAACGUGGCCGAGCUUGGGAAUAUCAAUACCACGAGCAACCAAAUCAGAUGCAAUAAUAAGGCGGAUAGGAGAUGAAGGUGUUGUAAAGGCGCGGAGGGUCUUGCGGCGGACGUGAGUAGGUGUUGUGGAUGUGAUGGUGUUAAUGUGUGCUGUGAGUGAUGGAUCGAGGAUGGCGAGGAGUCUAGAAAGGCGGAGAGCGGAUUCGUUGGAUUUCGUAAAGAUGAGAGCAAUGGGAAUAUUGGACUUUUUGGGAGCUGGUGUAGGUGUUGAUUCGGAAUCCGAAUCUGAGUCUGAAUCGGACGAAUCAGAGUCUGAGCUUGAGUCACUAGAUGAGUCGGAAUCGCUGGAGUCUGAGGAAUCGGAGUCUGAAGAAUCACUUGAAUCAGACGAGGCGGAGGAGUCAGAAGAGUCGUCGGUCUUGGAAGUAGAAGCUUCCUCUCCAGUUGAUGAAAGGGCUUUGUCCUCGGCAGCCAUAUCUGCACCGCGGAGGAGAUCCAGAAGAUAGAGUGGCUUCAAGUUAGCAUCGUGUACACGGACGGCAAACUCCUUCAGCAGAUCUGGUAGCGAAUGCUCUGAAACCUCAGCGCUAGGAUCGCUCUCCAAUACAAUCAACUGCGGGCGUCUCAGACCCAACUGAUUCAACAGACUCAAAUCUCGUGUCAGCGUGGCACUGAGGACGAUUUUGCGAACACCCGAGCAUGCGACGUCGGGAAAGUCGCGUGCUCCAAAAAUGUUGGUUCGGAAGCGCGCCAUGACUGUUUCGAGCCAGCCCUGGAAGCUCUGUGCAAGAAGCUUAUCGGCUUCGUCAACCACUAGCCAGCGGACAUAGUCAAGUCCAAAGCCCGCCGUCUGUUCCAAAUGUUCCACUAGGCGACCUGGUGUACAAAUAAGAACGUCGACCUUAGAGUGGAAAUCCACAACCUCGCCGUCCCAUUUCCCUAUUCUCGGGUCUUCAUUGAUAUCAUCUAGCUCAGCCUCGCUAGUUUCAGACCGUAACCCUUUUUGUGUUCGAAUUUCCUUGAGUAAUAUCUCGUAUCGCUCUGGAUCGUAUCGUGAUUCGCUUUCAACGAGAGCUUCUUGCUCAUUCUUCAAAGACUGACUGCCGAUAGAGAUGCCAAUUCGAACUUUCUUGCGAUUCUCUCCUUCGUAGGCCCUGGCACAAUUCUCAAACGCUUCUUGCGCUUGACGGACAAGUUCUCGUGUAGGCAGAACCACGAGCGCUCGGAGCCGCGUUACAACUCCUUGACUGAUAUCCCGAACGAUAGGUAAGGCGUAAGCUAGCGUUUUACCAGAACCGGUAGCGGCCGAAAUCAGGAGAUCGCCAUUGUGGUGUUUGACAGAUGGGAGAAGUAGAGGAAUAGCGGCGGUUUGAACGGCAAAGGCAUCCGCAUAACCCUUCUCCUCGAGUACUUUCGCUGCUUUGGGCAAAAUGCCUAGGUUUGUAAACGGCAUGCGUUUCGAUUGGGAAACACGUAUCGGUGCAGCAAGCCAUGACGGCAAUGUUUGGUAUGUGGGCUUCGAGGUUGUAUCAAUAACUUCGUCUGGCUGGGGGAGCGGCUCCAGGCCAUACAUCUCAACAUCCUCAACGGGCUCUUCAACCAAGUGCUUGGCAGCCUCCAUAGAAAUCUUUAGCGACUUCUCUUUGCGCUCCAAGAGGGCUUUAUGUCUGGCAUCUUUCGGGUCUUCGUCGUCGGACUCUUCGAUUCGAGGUUUCCUAACUUUUUCUUUCUUUCGCUUAACUUUUUCCACUGCGGCCGGCUCAGAUGCGUCCUCAUAUUUCAUUUCUAUGUCACUUGUAUCGUCCGAGUCUGACGAGGUAGAUUCUGUAUCUGUAGUGUCUGGAGUCUUGGCUCUCUUCGAUUUCUUCGCCUUUUUCGACUUUUUCGAGGAGUCGUGGUCGUCAUCAUCAUGGGGGGGUUUCGAAUUUUUGCUUUUUGAUUUCUUUGUGAUUAACUCGUCCUCUUCGUCUGUACCUUCGUCACGAUCUCUCUUUCGCUUCGACUUGGCGGGAGCAUCAUCGUCAACCGAGCUGCGCUUUCGGUCCUUCGAGAUCUCAGCGCUAGCGUCGGUCGCUGACGAAGAUUUUCUAGACGGCAUCUUAUAUACGAUCAAUCGCAAACUUUGGCAACAGCCCUGCUAGCCAAUUCCGGCUGCUGCAACAAAGGAUGCAGACGCAAAAGAC